AUGGAAGACGGAGAUCCAGAUGAUGAGGCAGCUCAUUAUUGGCUGCCCAUGGAGGCUAUGAUUUUUCCAAUAACUGACUUGCCCAGACUUGUCCAACCUGAAAGAAGUCAUACUGGAGAGAAACCCUAUGAAGAUAUUAAGUAUGGUGAAGCCUUUGCACAUCACAGUAGUCUCCAAAUACAUAAAAGAAUUCAUACUGGAAAGAAAUUCUAUGAAUGUAAUCCAUGUGGUAAAGCCUUUGCAUAUCACUGCCAUCUUCGAAUACAUAAAAGGAUACAUACUGCAGAGAAACUCUACAAAUGUAUUCAAUGUGGUAAAGCUUUUUCAGAACAUAAUACUCUUCAAAGACAUAAAAGAACUCAUUCAGAAGAGAAACCCUAUGAAUGUAAUCAAUGUGGUAAAGCCUUUGCACAUCAUAAUAUUCUUCGAAAUCAUGAAAGAACUCAUACUGGAGAGAAAACUUACAAAUGUAAUGAAUGUGAUAAGGCCUUUUCACAACACUAUUAUUUACGAAUACAUAAAAGAAUACACACUGGAGAGAAACCUUAUGAAUGUAAUCAGUGUGAUAAAGCCUUUGCAUGUCUCAGCAGUCUUCGAGUGCAUGGAAGAACACAUACUGGAGAGAAACCUUACAAAUGUAAUCAUUGUGGUAAAGCCUUUGCAAGUCAUAGUAGUCUUAAACGACAUAAAAGAACACACACUGGAGAGAAACCUCAUGAAUGUAAUCAGUGUGGUAAAGCAUUUUCAGACCACCAAACUCUCCGAAUACAUGAAAGAAUACAUACGGGAGAGAAACCCUUUGAAUGCAACCAGUGUGGUAAAACCUUUAAACUACACAGUCAACUCCGAAUACAUAAAAGAACACAUACCGGAGAGAAACCUCAUGAAUGUAAUCAUUGUGGUAAAACCUUUGCAUGUCCCAGUAGUUUCCAAAAACAUAAAAGAAUACAUACUGGAGAGAAACCCUAUGAAUGCAAUCAGUGUCUUAAAGCCUUUGCAUAUCAUAGUAGACUCCGAAAACAUGAAAGAACACAUACUGGAGAGAAACCCUUCAGAUGUAAUCAAUGUGGCAAAAUCUUUUCACAGUCCAAUAGUCUCCAAGUACAUAAAAGAACACAUACUGGAGAGAAACCCUAUGAAUGUGAUAAAUGUGGUAAAGCCUUUCCAUAUGAUAGUAGUCUCCGAGUGCAUAAAAGAAUACACACUGGAGUGAAGCCUUAUGAAUGUAACCAGUGUGGCAAAGCCUUUGGAUAUAACAGUCAUCUUCAGAGGCAUGAAAGAACACAUACUGGAGAGAAACCUUAUUAAUGUAAGCAAUGUGGUAAAUCCUUUGUAUGUCACAGUAUUCUUCAAAGGCACAAAUGAAUUCAUACUGAAAAGAAACCUCAAGAAUGUAUUUAAUAUGGUGAAGGCUUUGCAUGGUUUUAUAAUCAUCAUGAAAGUACACAUACUGGAAAUAAAUUCUAUGAAUGUAGGCAAUGCGGUAAAGUCUUCCUGUUAUGGAGCCCACUUAGAUCCAACACAACUAAAAUGCCAGGUUAAUGCUGAUGACAGUUUAUUAUAAUCAAGCCAUUACUGAUCAAUCAGGGCCACAGAACAUACUCAGGAGCUGAACUUUAACUCUGAGCCAGAGUUAAAAGCUUGAAAACCACAAACAUCUGUGCCAAGCUACAGCAAAUUUUCCCACCAAUCAGAUUUGGGGCUAGGAGUAUUCCUUAUGUAGUUGAUCUUUGUCAGUUGGUGCAGAACAUAGGUUUUAGAGCCUAAAAAUUAUAUUCAUUUUCUCUUUGUGGUUAGAAACAGGCAUUAUGUUUUGGGGAACAAAAGAUGCAUAACUGAAGCUGUUGUUAGGAAAAGUCGGUAUGUUAUGAAAAAUAAGGACCAUGGUUAGGAACAGUUAUGAUGUUUUGGGGAACAAAGAUGAAUAAUGGAAAGUUAUUAGGAAGUCUCCAACUCCCUUAUGUUCUGGGAACUUGAGUUUAGUUUCACCAAUGAUUAAAUGAAGUCUAGUAACACAAUGGCUGUACUUUGGACAAUUUUAUUGUUCACAGCAUUUGCAUAUUACAAUCAUCUUUGAAUACGUAAAUGAGAGAAACCCUAUAAAUGGAGUCAAUAUUAGGAAGCCUUUUCUCAGAACAGUUAUUUACAAAUAUAUAAAAGAAAAUAUCCUGGUGAGAAACCCUACAAAUGUAAUCAGUUUGAUAAAGCCUUUUCAUAACAUAUUUAUGGCUAGAUAAAAGAACACAUAGGCAAUGUGGUAAAGCCUGUACAUGUAGCAGUAGUUCAUGGAGCAGAAAUUGUGAGGAAAAGCCAUACUGCAAAGAAACCCUGUAAAUGUAGUCAGUGUGGUAAAGCUUUGUUUUUCUUAGUAUCUUUAUUCAAUAUCAAAACCCUUAGUGUGUAACCAAUCUGUUAAAGGCUUUACAUACCACAGUAGUGUUUAGAGACCUGAAAGAAUACAUACUGUGAGGUAUCUAUAAGGAUUUUAUAAGAACUUUUAAAUUUAUAAUUAAUAUAAUUUUAUAAGUAAGCCAAAAUUAUUGUUCUGGAGAAAACAUCUGACACGUGUCAACAAUCCAGGCAUUAUGGUGCUCCUCUUUACUUUGUACUUGUAAAUUCAUACUUAUAAUAGCUGCGUGGAUAAAGGAUAAGAUAGCCCUUUUAGAUUUCACAAUUCAAUUACAUGAAAUAACUCAUCUAGAUGUAAAAGUUGAGGAGUGUGUAUUAGUGCCUUUUCUGUUGCUGUAAUAAAACAUAAUGCCUAGGGCAACUUAAAAAAUUUUUUUAAUUUGACUUAUGGUUCCAUGGGGCUAUGGGAUCACCAUGAACGUGGCAGUGCAACAAGUGUCACACAUGGCAGCUAAAAGAGGAGACUUAUACCUCACAUCCUCAAUAUGCAGCAAGAAUUAGUCAGACCUAGAAAUAGUGUGCAGAUCUAAACUCUCAAGCCAACUGCAAGUGAAGUAUUUCUUUCAGCAGGGCAGCAUUUCUUAAUUCUUUCCAAGAAAAUAUCAUCUGAGCAAUAUUGAUUUCUCUAACUUCAUGCCUAUGUGCUUCCGUUCUGUUACCAUUCAUGAUGAAGAAAAACUGUAGGUAACCUUCUAGGUGCCUUAACAUCUGAGUUAAAGGAAUGAAUGCUUACAUAAGAAAAACAUUCAUGAGUAAAAAUUAUUUGUUUAUAAUUUUCAUUUUAAUUAUGUGGUGUGGUGUGGUGUGGUGUGGUGUGUGUGUGUGUCUAUUCCCUGGGAUCUUGUAGCAAGAAUUAUGGGGAUUUGUCAAAAACAUGGUCUUGAUCCUCGGAUUGAACUUGUCUUAACUGCUUGGCCAUGAUUUUAACCCUGUAAAUAUUUUAAAGACUAUAUAUAUCACUGUGAUGCUAGGAAAUACGAAAGAACUCACACAAGAGAAAUACCAUACUUUUCAAGUAAGGGUGUCUGUGAAAGGGUGGUGGGUGGUUGUUCAUUUUGUUUUCAUAUUUUCACAAAGUCCUUUGAGGUGGUAUUUGUCAUCAAGCCUGGCUUGGAUGCCAGUAAUUAGUCAAGGCUAUAUUUGAACUCUUGACUCUCGUGUACCAGCAUUCUGGGUACAAGUUCAAGAGUAGUAGAUAUACCCUCCCCCCCCCCCCAAGUGUCCUGUUGUGUCAACUCUUUUUUAACAAUGUUAGGAUUGAAAUGCUUAAUAGAAGCGAAUAUAAGAAACAGUAAAGCCUCAUGUGUGUUACCAAAGUGGCGUUUUCAUCUAUGUGUUAAGAGAUGUAGCAUAGUCAGCAAUCAACUGUAUGUCUCACAAUGUAGUUGGAUGUGCUGUGGCUAUGUAUGUUACUUGAUGUUCCAUGCUUCAUGUUCCCAUUAGUUAACAUUUGGCACUUCAUUUUGAAGUACCACCUUCUAAUCGAAUUAUCUAGAGAUGCUGUAUAAUUCAACAGCCAUGAGAUUUUUAAAUUUUCUGUGUGUGUGUAUAAAAUGCAAUUAUGGAUUUUUGGGCCAUGACAGAUAGGUGGAGAGUAGAAGACAACUUUGUGGGGUCUACUUUGGCUAUCUUUAUAUGAUAAUCAGUGUCGGGAUGCUAGCUUUUAACACCACAGACUUCCCACUGAGCCAUCUUACUGGUGUUCAAAUAAGAUUAAUUGAAACAAUACAUCAGUAAAAUAGUAAUUUCUUUUUCAGAUUAUGAGCAUAUUGUCAUCUAAGGAUGGAGGAAAACAGGAGAAACUGAAUAAUAAAUCCUAUUUGCAAAUGAAAAUGAUAUACUGCUUUUUUAUGGGGAUGUGUUCAUUUAUUCUGAGUAGUAAACUCUUGUUCUUAAUGUUUUCCUAGAACUACAAAUGAAUGCUAGAGAAUGGUCUUGUUGCUUGCUGCUAAGCCUAAUGACUUGAAUCUUUGGUAGACUAAUAUUAGUCCUACAAAUUGUUCUCUUAUUUCUAUACUUGUACUGUAGCACAUUUACCCACACACCAGCUCAUACAUAAAUGAUUUUAAACCCAAA